CCAAUCACAAGGCUUCUCACGCACAAAGAGGCGCGGCCGCCAGCCAAUAGGGAUGUGUUUUGAGAUGACGGUGGAAACAUGGCGCUCCGCAUAGUUCGGGUUUACAGGAGGGAGUCCACUCAGAUAGCCCAGAGGCUGCUUUUGGCAGCAUGGCAGCAGGGUAGUUGGCGAGCCCACCAUACCCCUGGCACAUCUCUGAAAUACAUCCCACGACGAGCUGUCCUCUACGUACCAGGCAACGACGAGCGCAAACUCAGGAAGCUCACCUCUCUGAACGUGGACUGUGCUGUUCUGGACUGCGAGGAUGGCGUCGCCCUUAACAAGAAGGCAGAGGCGCGGGAAACAAUCCCAAAGAUGCUGGCUGAGCUGAAUCUGGGGCGCACUGAGAAAUGUGUGCGGGUCAACUCUGUGUCCAGUGGCCUGACCGACGCUGAUCUGGAGGUCAUUCUACAGGCAGAGGUCCUUCCCCCGGCACUCAUGCUGCCAAAGGUAGAGGACACAGAGGAAGUACAGUGGUUUGUUGACAGAUUUCAGCAGCGCUUAAAAGGCCGGAUGCUGAUGGAACCCAUUCGCUUAGUAACCUUUGUGGAAACUGCUGUUGGGUUGCUGAAUUUUAAGGCUGUGUGUGAGGCGGCUCAGCAGCUCGGACCAAAAGUUGGUCUGCAUCAUGAUGGAGUAGUCUUCGGCUCUGAUGAUUUCUGUGCCAGUAUAGGUGCAACAAGGACUAAGGAUGCCCGAGAGCUGCUGUAUGCUCGUCAGAAAGUGGUGGUCACCACAAAAGCCUUUGGCCUGCAGGCUAUCGACCUUGUGUAUAUCGACUAUCAGGAUGGAGAAGGGCUGCGGCAGCAGGCCAGAGAGGGUGCACUCAUGGGCUUUACUGGGAAGCAAAUCAUCCACCCAAACCAAAUCAAAACUGUUCAAGAGGAAUUCUCACCCAGUCCAGACAGAGUUAAUUGGGCCACAGAGUUGAUUGCUGCAUUUGAGGAGCACCAGAAACUAGGAAAGGGUGCGUUCACCUUCCGUGGCAGCAUGAUUGACAUGCCGUCGUUAAAGCAGGCCCAGAACAUCGUCACCUUGGCCAGAGCUGUCAUGGGCAAGUGAGCCAAAGUGGGCAGCCAUAUCUGUCACUGUGCGGGACAUCGGACAAAAAACUGUUAACCUCAGACAGAUGCGUGCCCUCUCAGACCAUUAACUGUGGCUCAUCUAUGGCUCUAUAUGGCAGUACUGCAUGGCCUGAUGGGAACGUCUUCAAUGUCAAAGAAGUGAUUAUGAGAAUUGUGUUUCCUUAAUUUCAUUUUUGUGAUACGUAUAUAAUGCACACUAAUUUUCCAGUGUAUUAGUUAAAACUAUCUUGUACUUUUCAGGUAUAGCUACAUAUAAGUGUACAAUUACUCACUGUAGCCUGUCCUACUCCAUCCAUUAGUGGAAAGGUACCACCUCACGACCACCACUAACUGCAUAUUAUUGGGAUGGUGGACCGUUCUCAGUACAGCAGUACCACUAGCGCGGUGGUGUGGGUAGUAUGACUCAUGCUUUAGUGUUGCUCCGAUCAGAUCUUAAAUGGGUUUUGUCUACUUUCUUGUUGUUAGUCUACAUGCUGGUUAUAUACAGUAGUUAUACUCAUCUUUUUUCAGGUACAAUUUGCAUUCCUUAGCAGUGUUUUUUUUUUUUCUUCUUUUUUUUUAAAGUCCUAAAUGGUCCACUUUUGGUGUGUGUGUGUGUGUUUGCUGAAUCCUCAGAUUCCUGUUCUUCACUGACAUUACAGGAACCUGCUGUGGUGUUCUCCUGUUGUAGCCCGUCCGCCUUGAUGUAUGGUGACAUGCAUUCUGAGAUGCUUUUCUGCUCAACACGGUUGUAUAGAGUGGUUAAUUGACUAACCAUAGCCUUCCUGUCAGCUCAAACCUGUCUGGCCAUUCUCCCCUGACCUCUCUCAUCAACAAGUCAUUUCUGUCUGCAGAACUGCUGCUCAGUGGAUGUUUUUAUUUUUUCUGUACUCUAUUUAACUUUAUUUAAGAUGCUAUUGUGUGGAAAAGAAAUCCCAGGAGAUCAGCAGUUUCUAAAAUACUCAAACCAGCCCAUCUGGCACCAGCAACUAUGCCACAGUCAACGUCACUGAGAUCACAUUGUUCUCCAUUCUGAUGUUUGAUAUGAACAUUAACUGCAGAUCUUGAGAAAUAUUUGCAUGAUUUUAUGCUUUGCACCUGAGUUGCAUGAAUGUGGAGGUGUUCCUAAUAAAGUGGCUGUUAAGUGUGUAGUUGGUGUACCCCAUACAAUGGGUAUAGCAAAUAAACUGGAAACUAAGUGUA